GUAAGAUUGUCGAGCGUUGCCAUUUUUCGACGACGAGGCUGCUCAAGGUGCUGUGAGGGGCCCACUGUGGGCAGUUGGCGCUUUGGUCACGACAAUGGAUGUGUCGGAAGAUGCUCCGGUCAAGAUCAAGAAGGGCAAGCGAAAGGCCAAGGAGGGCGCCACGGACGGACCCGAGGGAGGCCAGGAGCUGUUCAUCAGACCCCAGAAGCUCAGCCCACCCAUCGACACCUCCACGUGGCCGCUCCUGCUCAAGGUCGGCAGACUCAGUCUGGCCCAUCCACACACGCGAGACAGAAGCACCGACACCUGAUGCGUGGGUAUCUGGCUGCUUGUCUGGUUCAGAACUAUGACAAGCUGAACGUGCGGACGGGCCACUACACGCCGCUGCCGCACGGCUGCUCCCCGCUGAACCGCCCGCUGUCCGAGUAUCUGGCUUACGGCAUCAUCAACCUCGACAAGCCCGCCAACCCCUCCAGCCACGAGGUGGUCGCCUGGAUCAAGAAGAUACUCAGAUGCGACAAGACCGGACACAGCGGCACGCUGGACCCCAAGGUCACGGGGUGCCUCCUCGUCUGCCUCAACCGGGCCACCAGACUCGUCAAGAGCCAGCAGGCUGCAGGUGGGCAGGGCAUAUAGCAAAGGAGGAUGGGAGCUCAUGGUGGAGCUGUGCUGCGUGUGUGUUCAGGCAAGGAGUACGUCGGUAUUGUGCGUUUCCACAGUGCAGUCGAGAGCAGGGCGAAAGUCGUCAGGGUCAGUCAGUCCAGUCAGCAACACACAGACAUCGAUGCACCCAUCCCGUCGACCAUCUGCUCUGCUCUAUGUGUGUCGUUUGUGUGAACAGGCGUUGGAGACGUUGACAGGCGCGCAGUUUCAGCGGCCACCCGUCAUUGCAGCGGUCAAGAGACAACUGAGAAUCAGGUGCGUAUGUGUGAUGACGGCACAGACCACACACAGGCAGCGUCGACCGCUGUCCUUUUUCUCAUCCGGCCUGCAGAACCAUCUACGAGUCCAAGUUGCUGGAUUACGACGAGCGUCGGCACCUGGCCGUGUUCUGGGUGUCGUGCGAGGCGGGCACUUACGUGCGGACGUUCUGUGUGCACCUGGGGCUCAUCCUGGGCGUGGGCGCGCACAUGCACGAGCUCAGAAGAGUCAGGUACGUGCGUGCAGCCACACACACGGAAGAGGCCACUCCAUUUGUGCAUGUGGUGUGUCUUGUGGCCGUGUGUGUGUGGUCAGGUCUGGUUGCUUGAGUGAGAAGGACUGCAUGACGACGAUGCACGACGUGCUUGACGCACAGUGGGUCUACGACAGCUUCAGGGUGGGUGUGCGGGAGGGAUGGGACAUCUAGACACCACACCACACCCACCAGCAGUUGACAGACACAUAUGGUCUCUGUUGUGUCCGUCUGUCCAUCACACAGGACGAGUCGUAUCUUCGCCGUGUCGUGUUCCCUCUGGAGAUGCUGCUCACCACCUACCCAAGGAUAGUGGUGAGUGGAGGAACGAUAGACACACAAGGGAAGGCCUGUGUCAAUGCCCUCUGUGUGGGUUUGUAUCAGCUCAAGGACAGCGCCGUCAACGCCGUCUGCUAUGGCGCCAAGCUCAUGAUUCCGGUGAAGACCCUCCCAACACACCGCACAAGGGAGGAAAGGCGUGAGACUGAUUGCUGUGGCGGCUUUGUCUCUGUGUGCCAGGGUGUGUUGCGUUUCGACAACAAUAUCGACAUCGGCACUGAGGUGGUGAUGAUGACCACCAAGGGAGAGGCCGUCGCCAUCGGCAUCGCACAGAUGACCACUGCCGUCAUCGCCACCGUCGACCACGGUCAGCCAUGACACAUCCACCACCAAAGACAGUGAGGACACAGCUGCACUUUUCUCUUUGUGUGGAUGUGUGUCGUUCAGGUGUUGUUUCGAUCAUCAAGCGUGUGAUAAUGGAGCGAGACACGUACGACAUGCGCUGGGGCUACGGACCGAGGGCGGCCGAGAAGAAGAAACUCAUCCUGGUCAGACACUGAUGCACAUUAACGUGUGAAUGAAUGCAUGGAUGGCUGCGUGACGACUGGUCAGGCUGGCAAGUUGGACAAGCACGGGAAGCCCAAUGAGCAGACGCCGGAGUCGUGGCUGAAGGGAGAGGACGCCGCCAAGCUCCCCAAACUCACUGGAGGUACACGUGAAUGCAGCUGAGACGCAGGCAAACACAUCCCCUCUGGCCCCUUCCAUCUGUGUGUCCAGCAGCCGCUAUCAAAGAUGAGAUGAAGGAAGAGGACAAGGCGGACGCAGAGAUGGCCCCAGCGGCUGCGGCUGCUGCCGCGGCGGCAGGCGAGGGGGCUGUCAGCGGACUGGAAGCACAGCCACAAAAGGAGGAGAAGAAAAGGAAGAAAAAGGUACACACACACACACCACACCCCUCACACAUCCAUCCAUCCAUCCAUCCACACGUGUACGUGUGUGUAUGUGUGUCAUGUGUGCUGUGUGUGUGUCAGAAGAAGGACGAGGAUGCAAUGGAGGAGGAGGAGGAGGAGCCGCCGGCAGAAGUGCCUGAGUAGGCCAAGCCGACCAAUUACUAUACAGUACACGAACGAAUGUGUAUGUGUGUGUGUGAUAUGGGCAGGGAUGAGGAUGGCGCCAAGAAGAAAAAGAAGAAGCGGAAGCUCGAUGAGGCACAAGCAGGUGAGAAUGAUCCAUCCACCCACACAACGUACUCGUGCCGUCCACUCACCCUCAUGGCUGGUGCGGUGCGUUCAGCUGAUGAGGGCGAGGCUGCCGGUGCAGCAGCAGCUGCGGAGGAGCCCGAGAAGAAGGUCAAGAAGAAGAAGAAAAAGAAGCAACAGGAGACCGCAGAGGAGGAAUGAAUGAAUGGGUGCAUGACGUGCAUCACACCCACAGCACACAUCACACGCGCAGCGAGAGAUGAGAGAGACAGGGGGCGGGAUAAGGCAGCCAGGCAGUCCUGUAGUGUAUUGGUGUCAUGGAAGGGUGAAGGCUCAGGGGCGAGAGAUCUGUUUGUGCUUGUGAGAGAGAGGGUUUUAAGCCGUCCACCAUCGCUGGCUGUCUGUCCAUGGGUGUGAGCGGCGCACACGAUCUGUGCGUCCAUCGAUACCCAUUCACUCACUGGCUGCACCAUGUCUGUCUGGCUUGUCCAGGUUCGAUGGUUUUCCCUUCACUCCGUACUAGUUGAUGUGGAUCAUCCCUAGUGUCUUUUUCCUUGUCCGGCUGAUUUUUGUGUGAUGGCCGUGGUCAAGAUUGUGUCCUAUCACCACGCUUCUAUUCACGAGACUGACGGGUCUGCGAAAAGCAUCUCGAGAG